AUGGAACUCCUUGGACCGAGCCUGGAAGAUCUCUUUGACCUCUGUGGGAGAAGGUUUACCCUCAAGACCGUUCUUAACAUUGCCACACAACUCCUCCAUAGGAUAGAGUACGUCCACAGUCGACAUUUGAUUUAUCGUGAUAUCAAGCCAGAGAAUUUCUUGAUAGGACGAUGUACAACUAAACGAGAGAAAAUCAUUCACAUAAUCGAUUUCGGAUUGGCCAAAGAGUACAUAGAUCUGGAAACGAAUAAACACAUACCUUACCGGGAACACAAGAGUCUUACUGGAACGGCGCGUUAUAUGAGUAUCAACACCCACCUUGGAAAAGAGCAAAGUAGAAGAGACGAUCUGGAGGCGUUAGGACACAUGUUUAUGUACUUUCUACGUGGUAGUUUACCUUGGCAAGGACUGAGAGCUGAAACGUUAAAGGAACGAUAUCAGAAAAUCGGGGAUACGAAAAGAGCAACACCGAUCGAGGUCCUUUGCGAUGGACAUCCCGAGGAGAUGGCCACGUAUCUUAGAUACGUACGCAGGUUGGACUUUUUUGAGACGCCUGAUUACGAGUACCUGAGGAAGAUCUUCCUUGAUCUCUACGAGAGACGAGGCUUCGUCAACGACGGCGAGUUUGAUUGGACCGGCAAGACAAUGUCCACACCAGUUGGAUCGCUACAAACGGGUCACGAAAUCAUCGUGUCACCAAAUCGCGAUCGGCAUCCAACGACAACGUAUAAGGACGCGACAGGUGGAGGGGCGGGGGGCGGGGGCGUAAUAGUCACAUGGCCAGAUGCAGUGAAGCAAUCAGGAGCCGGUGGUACAUUGACACCUGCCGAUAGGCAUGGUUCCGUUCAGACAAAGCAACAAUGGAUUAUGGUUGUUUCGUCGACGAACGGAGAAUUAGCUAACGAUGACCCAACUGCUGGUCAUUCUAACACGCCAAUUACGGCACCACAAGAAGUGGAUAUGAUCGACGAAACCAAAUGCUGUUGCUUCUUCAAGCGGAAGAAGAAGAAAAGUGGAAGGCAGAAAUAACUGUCCGAUACCGUCGGUCUUGGGCGGUCAGUACAACAGUGCGCGAGUAAUAGUGCUGACGGAUUUGGAAAUCGAGUCCCUGGAACGGCGAAAAUCUGCAAAAGCGGAGAAGACGGCGGAGGAAAUGAAGGUGAUGUUGGUGAUGGUGGUGAUGGUGGUGGUAGGGAUGGUGCUCAAGACGGGGAUACUUCUACUAUUACUGCUGUUGCUGUUGAUGCCGUUGCUGUUACUGCUGCCGUUGCUAGUACUACUGCUGUUACUACCGUCGUUGGAGCCACCGGGGAUCCUGAAAACGAAGUUAUCACUCUCUUACGUGCUGGAAGUAGAUCAGCUUCGAGAGACUCGGUGUUGCAUACCACCGUAACGUUGACACCUACACCGACUCCGCCACCGUUAUCGAAUUGAGCCACCACACAGCCAUUAUUAUUGCUGCUAUUACUAUUAUUAUUAUUAUUAUUAUAAUUAUUAUUAUUAUUAUUAUUAUUAUUAUUAUUAUUACUGUACUCUUUUUUUUUCCUUUUUCCUUCUUUUUUUUAUCGUCGACAUCUCUAAUAAUUUUGCCUUCUUUAAUUAUUCGUACGAUUAUUAUUAUUCUCAUUAUUAUUCAUUAUUAUUCUAUU